AUGUCAAAUAUAACUGAAAUCGAUUCGUUCUUAACUACAAUCAAUACCAUUCAAACAAACUUUUCACGUUAUGGAUAUUUGAUCAUUUUCAUACUUGGAAAUAUUGGUUCACUUCUCAAUAUAUUAGUUCUUACUCGACCUAAUUAUCUUCGAAAUUCUUGUUCAUCUUAUAUUUUAGCAUCAACUCUGCCUAAUUUAUUGAUUAUAAAUAUUGUCAUUUUAUUCCGUAUUUUAGCUACAUUUGGUUUUGACUUAACUAGUAGAUCAAAACCUUUUUGUAAAUUCCAGUGGUAUAUUUCACAUUCAAUGACAUUAUUAUCAAGAACUUAUAUUUUAUUGGCAUGUAUUGAUCGAUGGGCUAUGACAUCAACAAUAGUUCGACGAAGAGCUUUUGCUCGUAUAAAGAUUUCUAUGAUUAUGAUCUCACUAGCAGGAAUGAUUUGGUCUUUAGUAUCUGUUCAUGUUCUUAUCGGACAAAAAAUAAUUGAAGGUCAAUGUGUGCCAGGUUCAAAAGCGUAUGCAAUAUUUUUUAAUGUUUAUAACACGGUCCUAGUUGGUAUUGUUACACCUGCUUUGAUGACUGGUUUUGGUUUAGUUACUAUUCGAAAUGUAAAACAACUUCAAAAUCGUGCAAAUCAUCGUGCACAGAUAAUUCAUACAAUAAUUAUCAAUCAAGAAAAUCAUCCAAAUGCGGUUAAUAAGAAAAGUUAUGAUUAUCAAUUAUUAUUUAUGGUACUUGUUCAAAUCUUCGUUUAUAUUAUUACAACCAUACCAUUUGUUAUGUAUUCAGUUUAUGCUGUAGUAACAGUGUAUUGGUCUAAAUCAAGUGUUCGGUUAGCAAAGGAAAAUUUAGCUAUGUCGAUUGCUUAUGUAUCAGUUCUUGCUAAUUUUUGUCUGACAUUUUAUAUUUACAUACUAACAUCUGCUACAUUUCGAAAAGAUUUAAAACGACUACUAUUGCAUAAUCGUUUUAUAGAUAAACUGUUUGGUAAUUGUCAUAAUCCACAAGUGGGACCACGACCAAUUACAAAUGGGAUCACGUGA